AUGGGCGAACCUGAACAACCAAUGGUCUCCCACGGCCGCGGCGGCCAGGGCAACAUCGGCCAUGAUUCCACCCAAUACGUCGACGGCGAGAUCGUCCGCGAGGGUGUCUACGGUGACCAGGGCGAUGGCGCAUACUCGGCCGGUCGCGGCGGCCUCGGCAACAUCGGAUCCCCGCAUGUACGCGCAACCUCCAAAGUGCCGCACGACGCAGAGAUGAUCCCCGAGCUGGCGGUGCGCAACUCGACAGAUGAGAAUUACCAUAUUGGCCGCGGCGGCCAGGGAAAUGUCCACCUCGACGAGGCAUCCCGCAUGGAGAAGGAGAAGAAGAAGACCCCCGUGCAUGAGGGAUUGGCGGAUAAAUUGAAGCAUAAGCUUAUGGGGCGGAAGUAG